AUGGCGAAGCUUGAAGCGAAGCUCGGAAUGAUAGUUGACUCCGUUGGUGCUCAUCCUAUGGUUCAUGGAGGGAUGGGGGUUGCCACUAGUGCAUACCCAAUGACUGAAUCAGUUCUCUCGAGUUCAAUGCGGCAUGGUGAGAUGCUUGGGCAUUAUAGUGGAAGUUCUACUACUUCAGAUGAUGAACCUAAAAUAGGCCUGAUAUGCUUACGGUGUCGACGGCGUGGUUACCGAGCUAAGAAUUGCCCUGAAGUUCAAGUUGGUGCCAAUUAUGACAAGUAUUGUUACAAUUAUGGAGAAACUGAUCAUUCACUUGCAAAUUGUCCCCACCAUGUUCAAGAAGGAGGGACAAAGUUUGCAGAGUGCUUUGUCUGUAAACAGCAAGGACACUUGAGUAAAAACUGCCCUCAAAAUGCUCAUGGCAUCUAUCCUAAGGGUGGUGGUUGUAAAAUAUAAAAAUGUGGUGGCGUGACACUGGCAAUGGAUUGCCCCGAAAAAGGGAAGAAAGCUCCUUUUGCUGCUAAUGGGCCUGCUGAUGGAUUUUUAUAUCUUGAAGAAUGGUACUUGUAUUAUGCAAAGCUUAUAACUCCAUUUCUUCCUUCAGCAAUGAGACUGAGAAAUGAACAGAGGCCUUGUGGAACGGUAACCAAAUUUGUGAGUGGGGAUGACAUUGAGGAUGACUUCAUGACAGAUGACAUAAAUAACAGAGACAAGGACAAGUCCUCAAAGUCCAAAGACGGUCAAGCAAAACCAAAAAAGGGUCCUAAAGUUGUGAACUUCAGCUAA